AUGUCUUCGACGCCGAGCUCCAAGAAGGGGCCCGCGGCCAGUACCAAAAAGAAGGUUGAUGUCGCUGCCGACCAGACCAGCGAAUACCUCAAUCAGCUGAAGAACCAGACCAAGCAGUCGCCUUCGAAUGACUGGGACUACAAGCUUGCUCUCGCUGUCAUCACCCUCCUCGCUUUUGCAACCCGCUUCUACGCCAUCACCCACCCCAACCAGGUCGUCUUUGAUGAAGUCCACUUUGGCAAGUUCGCAUCCUACUACCUCCAGCGAACCUACUUCUUCGAUGUGCACCCUCCGUUCGGCAAGCUCCUGUUCGCUUUUGCAGGCUGGUUGGUCGGCUACAAUGGCGACUUUCUGUUUGAGAACAUUGGCGACUCGUACAUCACAAACAAGGUCCCCUACGUUGCUUACCGCGCAAUGCCCGCCUCGAUGGGCGCCUUGACCGUCUCGACCGUCUUCAUGAUCAUGUGGGAGUCUGGUUACUCUCUGCCUGCCUGUGUUCUGGCUGCCGGUCUUGUGCUCUUCGACAACGCCCACAUUGGCCAGACCAGACUCAUCCUCCUCGAUGCCACCCUCAUUCUCUUCAUGGCUCUCUCCGUCUGGAGCUACAUCCGCUUCUACAAGCUUCGCCAUGUCCCCUUCAGCCGCAAGUGGUGGAAGUGGCUGCUCUUGACCGGUGUCUGCCUCAGCUGCGUCAUCUCGACAAAAUACGUCGGUGCCUUCACCUUCUUCUCCAUCGGUGUCCCCGUCGCCAUUGAUCUCUGGUCCCUUCUCGACAUCAACCGCAGACAGGGUGCUCUCAGUCUGCCCGAGUUCGGCAAGCACUUGGGUGCUCGUGUCACUGGUCUGAUUGUCAUUCCCUUUAUGCUCUACCUCUUCUGGUUCCAGGUCCACUUCGCCAUCCUCAACCGCUCCGGCCCUGGUGACGACUUCAUGAGCCCCGAGUUCCAGGAGACGCUCAGCGACAACAUCAUGACCCAGCAAGCCGUCAGCAUCGACUACUACGACGCCAUCAACAUCCGUCACAAGGAUACAAAGGUCUACCUCCACAGUCACCCCGACAAAUACCCUCUUCGCUACGAUGACGGUCGUGUCUCUUCUCAGGGUCAGCAAGUUACUGGCUACCCUCACAACGACACCAACAACCUCUGGCAGAUCAUCCCUGGAACCGGUGCCAUCCCCGAAGAGACUGGCCACCGCGUCCACGUCGGCGAUGUCGUUCGUCUCCGCCAUCUCGUCACCGACACUUGGCUCCUUACCCACGAUGUUGCCUCGCCUUACUACCCCACCAACCAGGAGUUUACCACUGUCGGCCACGAUGAUGCCAACGGCGAGCGCUUCAACGAUACCCUGUUCGAAAUCAGAGUGGAUGGCGCAAAGCCUGGCAUGGACCUCAAGACCAUGUCUGUCCAGUUCAAGCUCGUUCACGUGCCCACAAAGGUUGCCAUGUGGACCCAUACCACCCCUCUGCCUGACUGGGCUUACAAGCAAGCCGAGAUCAACGGAAACAAGAACGCCCUCCAAACCAGCAACAUCUGGUACGCCGAAGACAUUCCUGCUCUUCCCAAGGACUCUGAGCGCGCAAAGAAGGAGCCUCGCAAGGUCAAGCACGUGCCUUUCCUCAAGAAGUACUUUGAGCUGCAGCGCGCCAUGUUCUACCACAACAACGCUCUCACCAGCAGCCACCCUUACGCCAGUGUUCCCAUCCAGUGGCCUUUCCUUCUUCGCGGUGUCAGCUUCUGGACCGAGAACGAGACUCGCCAGCAGAUUUACUUCCUCGGUAACCCUGUAGGUUGGUGGUUGGCCAGCAGUCUGCUCGCUGUUUUUGCUGGUGUUCUUCUCGCGGAUCAGCUUUCUCAGCGCCGUGGUGUUGAUGCUCUUGACAAGCGCGCCCGUAACCGUCUUUACAACUCGACCGGUUUCUUCUUCCUCACCUGGGCCGCCCACUACGUUCCCUUUUACAUCAUGGGCCGUCAGCUCUUCCUCCACCACUACCUCCCUGCCCACCUCGCUUCCGCUCUCGUUACCGGUGCCCUCGUCGAAUUUGUCUUCAACAUUGAUCCCGUUGACCUCGACGACGUCGCUUCUGGCAACGCCACCAUCACAAAGAACAAGAAGACUGCCGUGCAGCAAAACAAGCCCGUCCGCGAGAGAACUGGCCAGUCCAACUUGCUCGGCAUGUGGGCUGCCACUGGCGGUAUUCUUGCUGUUGUUGUCUGGAGUUUCCUAUACUUUGCUCCUCUGACUUACGGUCAGCCUGGCUUGAGCAUCGAGCAGGUCCAGGCGAGAAAGUGGCUCAACUACGAUUUGCACUUUGCCAAAUAG